AUGCUGCGCCAUGAUUGGCCAGGUCAUCACACAGGAAGUGCGGAUGUAAACACGGAACGCUACUUUGUUUCUAUGGUGAUAUUUUACGUACCACAGCAGUGUUAUUAAUAUAGUGUUAAGGAAUAUAGUCGGUUUCAUUAGUCAAUAUUUUAAGGUACGUGUAAUGUAAGAGGCGAGAAUGGGUGAUAUGGUAUUGGGUGUUGGUGCAGGAGUGUUCAUCAUCGCAUUAAUCUGGAUAGUGACUCUCGCGCUUACUACAUUUCUGACGCGGGCAACCGGUCCAACAAAGUUAGGGAUCAUCCCUGUUUUUCUUAUUGCGAUCAUCAUCACACUGGUCCUCGUGUUUUUCCCGCGUGCCUCUGAAGUUCCCUCCGCUGAGAGAGAAGUUCAGAUAGUGGAUACGUUCUUCAUCGGCCGCUAUGUGCUCCUGUCCUUGGUGAGCGUUGUGUUCUUGGCAACCCUUUUCAUGUUGCUGCCCUUACAUUUCCUGGAGCCUGUGUAUGCCAAGCCCCUGAGAACACACUAGACCAUGAGCUUCCGUGUGCCAGACUCCUACAGAUGCCCCAAAGCAGGGCAUCCAGCCUGGCAGCACCAUCAACGGGCCUGCUUGAGAUGAGAAGGACCAGCAGCAGGUUCCAAGGCUUUUGUCUUUCUGUCCUAAUCAGACGUGUCCGCAUCUCUUUAAGAAUCCAGAACAGAGGGCUCGGACUGGAGAAAAUAGCAUUUUUUUAAAGGAUAUAGUUAGAUAAUGUUGCUAGUGUAGUAUUAAUGUAUACUGCUCAUGUUUGUAUCUUUGUGUAUUGUUUCACUGUUUUGCAAUUGUGUUGUAAUGAAUUUGUGUUUACAAACAUUGUGUUUGAUUUAUUUUUAUGCCAAACUUUCAAUUUUUUGAUUUUUCUUUGAAAUGUGAAAUGCUCAUACUUUCAGGCUAAGAGGUUUAUUAUUUAUUAUACUCAAAACUGGCCCAUUACUAGCACAAUUCAGGCUUAUUUGGCAUGGGAUAACAAAGGGCAAAAACAUCUUAGAUAUUGCCAGCAAUGCUCUGGUAACCACCCAGAACAUUUUCCCACAUGACAUUAAGUUUAUUACCAACAGUCCCCCUAAAAUCUUGUAUUAAAUAUGUGUGUUGCCAUUCAUGGUUAUUUUAAAGGCAACGUUUAUACAACGUUGUAGUAAAAAAUGGAAAUGUUUUCCUUUGCGCAUGACAACACGGUCAAAAAGAAAAUUAAAAUAGGGUGAUCAUACGUGCCAUUCUUCCCAGACGCGUCCUGGCCAGGAUUUCAGGUGUGUCGUAUUUGUCGACCGCAUACGUCAUAGAGGAUUAUUAUUACUAUUACAGAAAAGCAACCGUUAUAUUUUAAGUUAAGAAUGAAACUACGAUUGUAUGUCUUAUGUUUUUAACUGAAUGGCGUAUGUGGUCAACAAAUACGACUUCCGGAAGACGCACCGGAAUCCUGGCCAGGGCGCAUCUGGAAAGAAUGGCACGUAUGGUCACACUAAUUUACAUGGAUCCAUAAAAAAUCAAUAGUAUUAUGCGUAGCAGCCCAGUAGAUGGCGAUGUUACUUUGUAAAGAAACACUACACACCCAUGCACAUACCAUUGACUGUAAAAAAUAUGGACGUAGUGUCUGUGAUGUCACCCAUAGGUUUGUGAAUAGCUAACCAAUAGCUAACCUUGCGGAUAACCAAUAAUGGGCAAAGAGGCGGGACGUGGAUGAAGCUGAGGUGGCUGGUUGCUGAAACCACGCACGCCAAGCUCGACGGUAGUGACGGCAGUGGCAGUUCACCUGUCACUCAAGUGGCCACACUCUUAAUUAUACAGAACUUUAAACCUCUUGUGGCCAGUCGAUGAGUUGCAGCUUCACGGUAGAGACUCCAAGGUUGCCCCUGGCAUAUACGCAUUCUUCUACAGUGUGAUAAAUACAAACAAUCAAGACAGCAAAGCAUCGAGCAGUUUUGUUUGGCCGAACAGUGAGGUAGAUUUUUACCACAAGUGACCCUGUAUAAAGUGGCAAAAUAUUGUAAACUUUGUUGGAGAAGAGUUAAUAAAAUCAGUCCUGUAGGUCACCAUUGCUGUUUUGGUUAUAUGCGCGCAUGCCUAUAGACUGAAUUAACACAUGAACACAUCACCGUUUAUAAAUUAGCAUGCUUGGUUAUAAACUUCGUUAAAAGUUUGCGUUUUCAGGACCCCACGGCGUUGUCGUGUAAACGUGGAGCAGUCAUCGUGGAUAUUUUGGUGCUUUUGCUGUGAAAAAUCACAUGUUAAUACGCUAGGCUAUUAAUUGGCUAUUUGCAAACUGAAAUUUCACUUAUUCACAGCUCAAACCAGACAAAUUUAAUUUUCUUGGUCGCAUAUUGAUAUGCUAAUUUUGGUUUUAUGGAAGCAUUCUUUAAGACACUGUCUCACUCGCUGCACAAUAACACAAAGACGCAGGGAGCAAAGUUGGGCGGUCCGACAAAGCUUCAAGCUGUGCAAGUUGAUUAUUUUGUUCUUAACAAGGCGAAUUCUCUGUGUGGGCCCUUUGUUGCCUCAGACAUUUACUUUCAGUUUCAUAAAUCUCUCGGGAAGGCAAACUACACAAGGGGAGAUGGACAUCGGUAAAGCUUAUUAUUUUAACAUGCUUUUUUGAUGUAUGCUCGGAUUUUCAUAAGGUCGACAGAUAACAAGCUUUAGUUAGAACCGGGUACUACGCAAAAAAUUCAAAAUAGCCAAUCAAAUGUCAAAACAUAAAACA